AUGUCGACCUCACGACCUUUUCCUCCAGAGCUAGUCUCUGAAACGAAUGCGAUCGUCGCUAUAUCCAGGCGUUUUGGAACAAGACUCGAUCUGACCAUUCGCAUGCAGCGAUACUACGAGCCCAACAGUGGGAGGCCAAUGUCGACCUCCCGCGGUUCCUCGAGAUGUUCGACCAAGUGUUCUCGAAAGUCACGGAGGGCGAUGGUCAACGGCAGUUUCCUCUGA